CGACUCGGCUGUAGGUAGGUACAGCACUGACAGUGCCCCGGGCGGAAGUGUUAUUUUAGUGUUAAGAAUUGACACAUUUCCAAGAGGUUGCGGAAUGCGAGACCGGCCCUCCUACCAACGGAAAGAUGAGGGAAUGGUGGCUUCUUGUGGGCUUGCUGUGCAUUCCUCUGCUGGCAGUCUACCUGCACAUCCCUCCUCCCCAACUGUCUCCAGCCCUCCUGACCUGGCGCUCUGCUGGAGCAUUCUUCACUUUCAGGAGCAACAAUAUAUUCUACAGGGAGACCUAUGGUGCUGUAGGCAGCUCUGAUGUGGUCAUUCUCCUCCAUGGCUUCCCUACCUCCAGCCUGGACUGGUACAAGAUAUGGGAGCCCCUGAAUCGGCGCUUUAACCGUGUCAUUGCUCUGGACUUUCUUGGUUUUGGCUUCAGUGACAAACCUAGGCCCCACCGCUACUCCAUCUUUGAGCAGGCCAGUGUUGUGGAGGCGUUGGUGUCCCACCUGGGUCUGACAGAGCAGAGGGUCAACCUGCUCUCCCAUGACUAUGGAGACACUGUGGCCCUGGAAUUGCUCUACAGGAGUGACCACAACAGGACUGGACACUUGACCAUCAACAGCCUCUGUUUGUCCAAUGGAGGAAUAUUCCCAGAAACACACCAUCCCAGAUUCCUUCAGAAGCUCCUCAAGGACUCCAGCUUCCUCUCUCCAGUGCUGACCCGUCUGACCAACUACAUGGUGUUCUCUAAAGGGCUUGGGGACGUGUUUGGUCCUUACACCCAGCCCACAGACGCGGAGUUCUUGGACAUGUGGACAGGGGUCCGCUUCAAUGAUGGGAACCUGGUCAUGGACAGUAUCCUGCAGUUUAUUAACCAGAGGGACCAGCACCGAGACAGAUGGGUUGGUGCUCUCACCUCUACUUUCAUCCCUGUUCAUAUGAUCUAUGGACCCCUGGAUCCAGUCAACCCUCACCCCCAAUUCAUCUUCCUUUACCAGAAACUGGUGCAGAGGUCUACUGUGUCGGUUCUAGAUGAACACAUCAGCCAUUAUCCCCAGCUGGAGGACCCAACUGGCUUCCUCAACGCCUACUUCAGCUUCAUCAACGCCUUCUGAGCCAACUCACCAGCAUUAGACAUUCUCAACUUGACAUCUGCGAGCAUAACCUGGGUCAUGUUCAUUCGGGCUCACAACGGGAAGGUUAAAACAUUUUUGCAAUAGGAAAACAGAAACACGCAUUUCUUAUUGGAGUUCAGCCCUAUUUCAGUGUUUUCUUCCAUUUGGUGCCUAAUGAACACACAUUUUCACAUCUCCCAUUGUGGAAAAAGUUGUGAGGAUUCAGCUCUGACUGGGUCGGUCGUGAACAAACACCUCCAACCUGGAUGAGAACUGUGCACAUUGAAUCAUAGCUGAUAUGACACACAGUAAUCUUGAAUCCAUUCCUGGUAUGUCAUCAAAGAGCCAAGCCAAGUUGGACAGAUACUGUCUCCUGCUACUCGGUAUAAAUAAAAUGACAGUACUGAAUGGAUGAUCUUUCAUGCUUCCAGUAAGAUUUCCUAAGGUAAUCUCAUCUAUGGGGUCCAAUCUAUUUGUUGUUUAUGACAAAUUGAUGGGUUGCAACCUGUUACGAAUUACAAAGAAAAUCAUUUUGAUAUUUCUAGAAAUAAAAAGGAGUUUUCCAUAAAGCUUAUAACAAUAAUUCAGUAUUUCCAUGGUCAACAUUUAAUAGAUUUGAUAAAACGUGGGCCAUUAAUGACACUAGCCUGGUCCCAGAUCUAUUUGUGUUGCCUUGCAAACACCUACGAAUGAUCAUUGGAGUUGGUUAUACAGCACCAACAGAUCUGGGGCCAGUCUACAGAGAUGAGUUGAAGGGUGCCAGUAGUACACACACCUCACCAUAAUGUAUUCAUCUCAGACUACCCAAAAACACAAGACACAUUCCAACGACAUAAAGCAGUGGAGGACAUAGCAAAGAGAAUAUUGUGAAACGGGGGAAAGUGGACAAAACAAUCAGAAUAUGCCAUUGUAUUCACACAGCCUGUUGGUGAACAGGCCCCUCUAGCCCACGGAGGCUAGGAUGAUGUCAACAACAGUCUCAUCCGAGCUGCG